AAUUUGUUUUCCAUCUUCUCCUACCUCAUGGAUUCUCUUCCCUCCGAAACCCUAGCUCCCACCCCCACUCCCUAUGAUACCUUGGAUUACACCCAUCCUCUUCCCGAUUCUGCCUCAACACCACCACCGCCGCCACCUCCGCCUUCCGAUUCCGACUACAAACCUCCUCCUCAACCACAAACCCUAGUUCAACCGGAUCCCAACCCUACAUCACAACCCGACACAACAGAUCUCAAGUCUGAGAAUGGCGCCGUCACCAGUGCUACUACGGAAAAGAAUAACCCUACCGUGGAAGAAGAUACAACCAGCAAGAGGCGGAGGCGGAGCAGGUGGGAUCCCCCUGCCGAGGGAGAUGCUGACCAGAACGGGGGUAAGAAGAGGAAGUCUCGCUGGGCGGAUGACGAACCCAAACCUGUCUUUCAGUUACCGGAUUUCAUGAAGGAUUUUACGGGAGGUAUGGAUAUGGAUCCUGAAAUUCAAGCUCUUAAUGCUAGGCUUAUGGAAAUUAGUAGAAUUUUACAGUCUGGUCAACAGCUAGAUGAUCGUCCCGAAGGUGCUAGGUCUCCAUCGCCAGACCCAAUUUAUGAUAAUAUGGGAACCAGAAUAAAUACUCGAGAGUAUAGGGCAAGGGAAAGGCUUAACAGAGAGAGACAAGAGAUAAUUUCACAGAUUAUUAAACGAAACCCUGCCUUUAAGCCCCCUGCUGAUUAUAGGCCUCCCAAGCUUCAGAAGAAGCUUUAUAUUCCUAUGAAAGAAUACCCUGGUUACAAUUUUAUUGGACUUAUAAUUGGCCCAAGAGGGAAUACGCAGAAAAGGAUGGAGAAGGAGACUGGAGCUAAAAUUGUUAUCCGGGGAAAAGGCUCAGUGAAAGAAGGCAGGUUCGGGCAAAAACGUGAUCUAAAGUUUGAUCCUUCUGAAAAUGAAGAUUUGCAUGUUUUAGUGGAAGCAGAGACACAGGAAGGGCUUGAUGCUGCCGCAGGGAUGGUGGAAAAGCUAUUGCACCCUGUUGACGAAGGUUUGAAUGAACAUAAAAGACAGCAGCUUCGGGAGCUUGCUGCUCUGAAUGGGACAAUAAGAGAUGACGAGUAUUGUAGACUGUGUGGUGAACCUGGACAUCGUCAAUUUGCUUGCCCAUCCCGUAUGUCGACUUUUAAGAGUGAUGUUUUGUGUAAGAUAUGUGGUGAUGGUGGGCACCCAACCAUUGAUUGUCCUGUGAAAGGGACAGCAGGAAAGAAAAUGGAUGAUGAGUAUCAGAAUUUCUUGGCAGAACUUGGCGGGACCCUUCCAGAGGGCAUGACUAAGCAAAGCACACCAUUGCCUAUCAUGGGUUCUUCCAAUAGUUCAGGAAACAAUCCCCCAUGGGCAUCCAGUAACAACUCAAAUGGAAAUACUGGAACCUCUGCACAUCCUGGACUUGGAAGCAAUGCAGCAAAAAUUGGAACUGGUUUUGGUCUUGGAAUUGGCAAAGAAAUCGAUGAUACAAAUCUGUAUAUCGGGUACCUGCCUCCGACUUUGGAAGAUGAUGCUCUGAUUAGAUUAUUUUCACCUUUUGGGGAAAUAGUAAUGGCAAAGGUGAUCAAAGAUAGGGUCACUGGACUUAGUAAAGGUUAUGGUUUUGUAAAAUAUUCUGAUAUAGCUCAAGCAAAUCAAGCAAUUGCCAGCAUGAAUGGUUAUCGUCUAGAUGGAAGAGUAAUUGCAGUAAGAGUUGCAGGAAAGCCACCCCAACCUACGGUACCCCCUGGUCCUCCAGCUGCACCUGUGCCAGCUUAUCCUGGUGCCAACCAGACACUUGGCGGAUAUCCAUCUCAGCAGAUGGCAUCAGGUGGACCCAUUGGAAGUGCACCUCCUGGGAGUUAUAUUAGUGCCCCAGUUCCUUGGGGACCACCACCACCACCUCCUCCUUAUGCUGCUUAUGCUCCUCCUCCGCCCCCUCCAGGAUCAAACAUGUAUUCUUCCUUCCAAGGCCAACAAAUGCCCUCUUAUGGUGUUCAGUAUCCUCCCCCACCACAGAACAUUGCAUCCACUGAAGCUCAGCAAAGCUACUCAGCUGGAAUACAUUCUCAGAAUAAUGCCCCUGGCCAAUCCCCAUCUAGUAAUGUUUAUGGCAAUUCCAUGUCUGGGAUAACACCGAACAAUCAAAGUGCAUAUCCUUCACCUUCCAUGAGUUACUCUUCUUAUUACAGUGUACCUCCUCCUCCACCGCCUGCGACCCAGUCAGUGGUUGAGCAACAGAGUUUUGCAAGUGCACCCUGGUCUUCAAAUCCUCCCCCUCCACCCGUUUCUUCUGCAGAGCAAAAUCAGCAAACUGCUUAUGGGACAGACCCGGAGUAUGAGAAGUUUAUGGCUGAGAUGAAAUGAUGCAAUUCAAUGUUGGUUCUACAUAUGCAUGAACUGCUUGAUGUUUCUUGGAGCUCUUAUCAACCUAUUUUCUUUCGUCUUGCUUACCUCAACUUGUUGGAAGUUUCGGACUUACAUCUUUACUCUUGCUGUGCUGUUGUAACAAUUGCAGAAAGUUAUUAGUCAACUCCAAUUCAUUUCUCACACAAUCAGGCAAGCUAUUCAAGGGCUUUUUUCAGAAUGCGGUGGUACUACAGUUUGUGGGCUGGUAUUGCUGUCAUGAAUUGCUGUUCUCUUGCUUGCUGGAAUCCUUGGGCUAAUAAUAUUUGACAUUGGCUUUAUUUGAACUUGUUACAGCAAUGUUUUACUAAUGUUUUUUCCCUGCUGCUACUGCUUAUGAAUUUUGGUUGUGAUAAAUUCUGUCACCCUUGCAUGUUCUUUGUGAUUUAGCAUAUACUCUGAAUGAUAUGGACAUGUUUCCUGG